AUGGAGAUUCCCAAAUCUGGACCGGAAUUUCAGAUAGAGUACAUCUGUGACCUGUGUGGAGGAAGUUACACGUCAAAUAAAGAGUUAACGCUCCAUUAUCAGGCUGAACAUGGAAAUAGUUCUGGGUCGUAUACGUGCCCGUCUUGUCCCGCCUGCUUCGACGAUGUUUUUAAGUUUCAGGAUCAUCUCCUUGAACAUCAUAAAGAUGAGGAAAAAUGCGUCUGUCAACAUUGUAACACAACAUUUGAUAAGUGGAAGGACCUCAAACAUCAUUUGUUAACUGUACAUAGAAAAUUCUUCGUAUGUCCUCAAUGUAAAGCAUCGUUCACAGAUGAAGAGAGUCUGAAGGAACAUGUCGAAAUGCACGAAGCAGAACGACCUGAUUCUUACGAAUGUGACAUGUGUGAUAAGUCUUUCCAUUCGACAAAAACCUACAAUGCACAUCGUCGAUCACAUAUUGAUGUCAAACCUUAUGUUUGCCCUAUUUGUCAGUCUGCUUUCUUUAAACGGGGCGAUAUGGCGAAACACAUGCGCACCAUACACGAACCAACCAAGUUAUACAUGUGUAAGAUAUGUGGACGUACUGGCACUAGAGCUGAUAACAUGCGUGUUCAUGUACGCACACACAAGAAAGAAAUUAGCCGAGAGCAGGUCGAUCAACUUCUACAGAAAGUUGAUCAAUAA